AUGGGGCUGCGAGCAGAACAAAGGCUGCCAAGCUCAGAACCUGCGUCAGUGCGACUUGAGUUGGCAGAGGAGUGUGCAGAGGAGAAAGCUCAGCGUUGCCGGAGCAGGAACUCUGCAAGUGCUCGCUGUCGAUCGUGCAUGCUGUGCGGCCAGACAGAUGCUGACCCAGACAUCUGUGGGCUCAAGCACCUGGACUCUGGGAUAUGUGCCCAUGCAUUCUGUAUGGCAUUUUCCAACGGCCUUCUCCAGCAGGCAACUAGAGUGAACACGACUGCUGAGGUGUCCCCUGUAUACGUCCAACGCGUAAUCCAGGAGGCAGAGCAGAAGCACUGCUUCGUUUGUGGCGAAACGGGGGCCCCCAUCACGUGUGCAGAGACGGGCUGUGAACUGAGUUUCCAUCUGCCCUGCGCCCGGGUGGGUGAAUGCGUCACCCAGUAUUAUGGAAACUACAGUUCAUUCUGCCAGAAGCACAGCCCUGAGCAGGCUGCGGAGGCGACUCCAGAGCAGAACACCAACUGCAUUAUCUGCAUGGAGCCAGUGGAGGACAACAAGUCCUACAGCACCCUGGUGUGCCCAGCCUGCAAACACGCCUGGUUCCACCGGGCCUGUAUCCAGGUAGGAGCCCUCCCCUACACCAGCGGGCAAGCUGCAGCAGGCAACCCGCAGCACCUGAGCCCGCUCCCGCUCCCACUGAUGACUGUGUUUCUGCUACAGGGACAGGCCAUCCGUGCGGGCAUUAACUGCUUCCAGUGCCCCCUCUGCAGAGAUGCGGAUGCCUUCCUCUCUGACAUGCUCAUCAUGGGCAUCCGAAUCCCACUCAGUGGACCCAUGUGGGAGGACGGCAAUGCAUACGCAUCGCUGGGAGUGAGACACGGGCGCUGUGAUGCCACCGAGUGCCUUUGUCCACAAGGCAGGGAGCAGGCAGAGGGAGAGGGGCCCUGGGAGAUGCUCCUGUGCAGCUCCUGUGCUGCAGAAGGCACUCACCGGUGCUGCUCCCAGCUGAGCAACAACGCGGAUGAGUGGGAGUGCCAAGCCUGCGCUGGCGUGGGCACCGCCUCCACUGUCAACUCAGAGGUCACCGGCCCCAGCACCGCCAGCCAGCAAGGACUGCUGCCAUCCAACAGCCCCACUGCACAUGAGAGCAGCAGCUCCAGCACUGCCAGCCAGGCAGCGUCAGGGCCUGGUCACAGUUCCCAGGUGCCUGACAGCGGCAGCCAGUCCAGCCAGCCUGGGACAGGCCAAAGCCAUGCUGCAGAUCCAUCGGGUGCAGCUGAGAGGUGCACCCCAACGUCGGCCGGUCAGAGGCCCCCACGGUCCUCGAGGGCUUCCCGAGCAGCCGGCAGCCGCAGGUCCGGGCAGGGAGAGCGGAAUCGGACACGAAGCCGCUCCCCAAUCCAAUCUCAGGCGCCACGUUCCAGCAGCCAUCCCCAAAGGCGCUCUGGGAGGAGCCACACACCUGCUCCAGCGGCUGAGAGUGGCUCCCCACGCUACACCAGACGGGGAGCGCUGGGGUCGUCAGGGGAUGCCCCAGCGGCUGAUGGAAGAAGCCAGCCCAGGCAGCUAGUGCAGGCCCAGACACGAAGCCGUUCCCCUGUGGAACGUCGGCCUGCACAAUCCCGGGGCCAGCUCCAAAGACGCCUCAGGAGCCAGUCCAGGCGACGAAGGCCAGCCCAGGUGCAAAGCCGCUCCCGGCUACAUCGGGCCACGAAUCCCCGCAGCCGGCCCCAAAGAGGCCGCAGGACUAGCCGGGAGUGA